AUGUCCCUGACUGACAAACAUAAAGUGAAGAGACAGCGACUGGACCGGAUCUGCGAAGGUAUUCGGCCCCAAAUCAUGAACGGGCCUAUGCAUCCGCGCCCGCUGGUGGCACUGCUGGAUGGGCGCGACUGCACCGUGGAGAUGCCCAUCCUGAAAGACUUAGCAACCGUCGCCUUCUGCGAUGCCCAGUCAACACAGGAGAUCCACGAGAAGGUGCUAAAUGAGGCAGUGGGAGCCAUGAUGUACCACACCAUCACCUUGACCAGAGAGGACCUGGAGAAGUUCAAAGCCCUACGCAUCAUCAUCCGCAUCGGCAGCGGAUAUGACAACAUCGACAUAAAGGCAGCUGGAGAACUAGGGAUUGCUGUGUGCAACAUUCCCUCUGCAGCCGUGGAGGAGACGGCCGAUUCCACCAUUUGUCACAUCCUGAACCUCUACAGGCGAAACACCUGGCUCUAUCAAGCUCUCCGGGAGGGCACGAGGGUCCAGAGCGUGGAACAGAUCCGCGAGGUGGCCUCUGGUGCCGCUCGCAUCCGUGGCGAAACCCUCGGCCUCAUCGGAUUUGGUCGUUCGGGUCAGGCGGUGGCCGUCCGGGCUAAGGUCUUCGGCUUCAACGUCAUCUUCUACGACCCAUACCUGCAGGACGGACUGGAGCGCUCGUUGGGCGUGCAGCGCGUCUACACCCUGCAGGACCUGCUCUACCAGAGCGACUGCGUCUCCCUGCACUGCAACCUGAACGAGCACAACCAUCAUCUCAUCAACGACUUCACCAUCAAACAGAUGCGUCAGGGCGCGUUUCUGGUCAACACCGCACGGGGAGGCCUGGUGGACGAGAAAGCUCUGGCCCAGGCACUGAAGGAGGGCAGGAUACGGGGAGCCGCCCUGGACGUCCAUGAAACUGAGCCCUUUGCAUUUGCACAGGGCCCUCUGAAAGACGCGCCAAACCUGAUCUGCACGCCUCACACAGCCUGGUACAGUGAGCAGUCUUCUCUGGAAAUGAGGGAGGCGGCUGCCACUGAAAUCCGAAGAGCCAUCACAGGACGAAUCCCCGAUAGUCUACGAAACUGUGUGAACAAGGAGUUUUUUGUUACCACGGCACCCUGGGGAGUUAUGGAGCAACCAGGCGUUCACCCUGAGCUCAACGGCGCUGCCUACAGAUAUCCGCCGGGUGUUGUUGGAGUGGCUCCAGGCGGCCUCUCGGGGGCGUUAGAGGGCAUGGUGCCCGGUGGGGUCCCUAUCGCCCACACUCUGCCCUCUGGUACACACCCUUCCCAGGCCCCGUCACCAAACCAGCCCUCCAAACACGGCGAGACCAGAGAGCACCUCACUGAGCAAUAGCAGAAGAGGGGAUCCGAGCAGCGAACAUCUCAUCUGACAACGCUCAGAAAACCAACCGAUCACGAAGUAAACCGACCAACCUGGGGACCAAGAGACAGUGAAAAACGACACAAAGCGGCUGCCUGUUGAACCAGCCUGGAAAUGGGAACUAAGGAAGUGUUACGGGGAAUUUGUACUUUUAAAGUUUCGGUUUUUACUCUGUCUGUUUGAGUUCUGUACCGACUUUACUCUUUGAUGAUGUUUUUGAGGUUUAUUUUUUUUCUCCUCCACCUUCGGGACAUGCCUAUGAUUGUGGACACAGAGUCCAGUGCUUUUAGUGCUCCAGGAUUACCUGAUAAGACUCUGUUCUGCCUACCCUAUACAAACCAGAGCUCGUGGGAAAUAUAGGCCCACUUCUCAGAAGAACAGGAAAAAAAAGACCAUCCUGUGCUACUGGACCUCAUUCAUCCCCCUCCUGAACUCCAAACACCUUUCCAAUCCCUCCUUUAUGUAACAAGUGUGCGUUGAUUAGAUUUCCCCCCAUUUAAGGCUCAGAAAAGAUUUUAUUUUGUUUUCUUUCUUUUAGUGUGAAUGAUUAAGAAUUUAUUAUCAACAUAUAUCUAUUUAUCAUUCAAAUAAACAUGAGAUUUGUCAUCAGUUCUAAUAAUCUAUAGUGAUGUUCAACCCUUUCCUGGCAGCAAUUCACAGCUGCAAUAUCACCAUCACCACUAGGGGUCACUUUUAUACUUUGGAGAUGUCCACUUUUUGGUAGGUAAACAAUAUGAGGGUUAAGUUUUAAGUUAUACACAGAGGUUUACAACUACCUCGGUUUUUAAAAAGGGGACCUGCAACUACCAUCAAUGAUCAUUCAGGUUCCUGAGUAAAUUCACUGCUGGCAGGAAAGGGUUAAAGCACACUUCAGUUCUUAACUCAGGAAAAACACUUUUUUGCCGAUUUCCUUCCCAUUAAAUUUUCAUCGCUUGAGUUGUAAAAAAGAAAAAGAAAGUUAAGACUAAUCCGGUUAGUCUGAAUAUGUUCUCUCCUCCAUCAUCCUCUCCAUUGUGGUAUUUUUCUAUACAAGGUGCAUCAUAUGUUUUUGGUGUUAAAGAGUUUUGAGGAGUCCUGUUAGAUUUGUAUUGCCUAGUUAAAUGUUCCUAUAACCAUAGUCCUAUGUGAUCCAUCCUCUCUCUCCUCUCUCCUUAUGGUUUCUUUGUUCUAUUCAAGGCCUGGUUCUUUGGGGAAGGGGGGGGUCGUCCUGUACUCUGUAAGAGCAAUAGCUGAAACUCCUUAGUGUCCCGACAAUAGCGGAAGAGGCAGCCAGCAGUAUGUUUUUGUUUUUAGUGUGAGUAUUUGUAUUUGUUUCUUGUACAAGGUGAACAUUUAGCAUUCAGUACAGUUCAAAUAAAGAGAUGAUUCAGAGA